AUGGGCCAGACCAACCAGACCUGGGUGACAGAAUUUUUCCUCUUGGGACUUUCUGAUGACCCUCAGACACAGCUGCUGCUCUUUGCAUUGUUCCUGGCAGUCUAUUUGUGUACUAUACUUGGAAAUUUGCUCCUCACAUCCUUGGUUCUGCUUGACUCACAGCUCCAUACACCCAUGUAUUUUUUCCUGUGUAAUUUAUCUCUGGCAGACCUCUGCUUCUCAACUACCAUUGUUCCUCAAACCCUAAUCCACAUGUUGUCUAGAAGGAAAUUCAUUUCUUUCACAGGCUGUGCAGUUCAACUUCUUCUGAUUCUUUUUUUUGGAUGUACCCAGUGUUCCUUGUUAGCUGUGAUGUCUUAUGAUCGAUACUUGGCCAUUUGCAAUCCCAUGCACUACCCCCUCAUUAUGACAUGGAGGGUUUGUAUCCUCAUGGCUUUGGCCUGCUGGUCAAGUGGUGUUGUUGUGUCUAUGGUAGAUACUACAUUUACACUACACCUCCCUUAUCAAGGAGAAAAUAGAAUUGCUCAUUUUAUUUGUGAGCCCCCAGCACUUCUGGUUGUAGCAUCUGCAGACACACAUAACUCAGAAAUGGCUGUUUUUCUGAUGGGUGUGAUGAUUCUUCUUGCACCUGUUUCCCUGAUCAUGGUCUCAUAUUUUUGUAUCAUAGCAUCUGUAGUUAGGAUGAAGACAGCCUCAGGAAGACUCAAGGCCUUCUCUACUUGUGGCUCACACCUCAUUGUGGUCAUUAUUUUUUAUGGAUCAGCAAUCAUCAACUACAUGACACCCAAGUCGGCUAAGGAACUAGGGAAAAUGGUAUCUGUAUUCUAUGCAGUGAUAAACCCUAUGCUCAACCCCCUCAUAUAUAGCCUGAGGAACAAAGAUGUAAAAAGAGCGUUCAAAAAUGUGGCCAGUAGGAGAUUGUUCUGUAAUGUCUGA